AUGGCAGUACUCGGCUUCCACUCAUGGUCCGAGUUCGUCGUGUAUCUCACCUUUCUGUUCUUUGGAGUGUCGAUCAUGAUGGUAUCCAACGCCAUCACUGCGGCCCCGUCCUUCAUCACCGAGUUCUACAAGUACGCUCAGGGCGACAAGAACGCCAAGGCCGAAGAUCCGAGCUUCUGGAUUAAUGUGCUGACGUACUACAAUGCAGCUGUGUUUGGGAUGCAGGUCGUGUGCGAGACAUUCAUGCUGACGCCCCUGGGCAGGAGCAUUCCGCUACGUCCGCGGCUUAUUUGUGGACUUAUCAUGCCGUUUGGGGAGAUGCUCGCGCUGAUCCUUGUCGCGCUUGGUACACGUCGGAGGCUGGUGCCAAGGCCACCAUUAUGGUCCUUGCUGUUGUCAGUGGGCUCUCGAAGACGCUCUGCGACUCCGGUACGGGUGCCCUCGCAGGCCCAUUCCCGACAAAGUUCUACAGCUCGGUAA